AUGCACAACGAUAAUGUCCAUUACAUCCUAGGGGCGCCUGGCUCUGGGAAAACGGCCAUCGUGCCAUAUCUUCGCAGAUACCUUCCCGGGUGGAUUGUUAUCGACUGGGAUGAACUGAUGGUUCCGGCAGAAAGACUGGCCGGACGUUCGAUUCGCGACAAUGAACCUCUUUGGAAACCCUACGAGGAUCUUAUAAAGUCAGUGUCGGACAUGCUCGCCCCGAAUCCUGUACUUUUACUCGGGGUCUGUACACCCGCUCAGCUGGCGAGCUGGCAUAUUCGCGAAUGGAUAGUUCUUGACUGUCAUGACCGGGAGCGUGCUGCGCGCCUUCAGCGACGGGCUGAAUCGAACGAAGAAACCCAGGAGGCUAUCUGCGAUGCUGCACAGUAUCGUGCACUUGGCUUGAGGAUAGUUGAUGGAACAAACCUCACUCCUCAGGAAACAGCGCAGGCUAUCGCUAGCAAUAUUCACGUGCAAUAG